AUGGCCCCAACCCUGUUGUCGCAAAAGCGACUGUUCAUGAUUACUUCCCCUCGAACGGGAUCCAAUCUGUUCAUGCACCUUCUCGCACUUCCAGAACAGCCCAAUACCGUCUGCGAAGAAAGCAACGGUUACUUCUUUCUCCCAGCCAUACGGCACAUGCGCGAGCUGGGUGUGAUAGAACGGCCCUACAGCGAAUGGACUCAAGAAGAACGGGCUGAACUAGCCGGUGGAUUCCAAGAAUGCUUCAACAAACUCUACAGCCACGUCGAUGCAGCACAGGCAGAUGGAAAAACAGUUAUCGUCAAAGAGCAUUCCCAAUUCCUCGUCCAGCCUACUGCGUUGAUGAAGUUCCGAUCAAUGCCGGAGGAUGUCGCUUCCAUUACCGACGAUCCCUGGAGGGUUCAAUUACCGGGAACUCUGUGCAAGGAGGAUAAGUCCAAUUUGCCGAGUCUCUCGCCUGAAAAUGACACCUUACUCCCUGACGCAUUCUUGAUGACCGGGCUACCAACGUUUCUGAUCCGCCAUCCAAUCCGCGUAUUCCCGUCUUACUACAGAACCUUCGUCUUUUUCAAAGACAACAACAAGGGCCAAAUGCAAGAGAUACAGGGCCUGUUGAGCCGGAUGAUGACUCUGCGCUGGACACGCCGGCUGUACGACUGGUACAAACAUAUGUGGCUACGAGUUGGGGCUGAAGCUUGCCCACAAGGUCCGAUCAUCCUCGAUGCAGAUGACUUUAUGGUCUCACCGCAACUGAUGGGGAAAUACUGUCGGUUGGUUGGUCUUGACGAGAGCAAGUUACAGUUCUCCUGGGAACCCGUGGAUCCCGAAAAAGUGGCCAAAUACGAGCCAGCCAGACAACGCAUGCGGGACACACUUAUGGCCUCAUCCGGAAUAAGAAAAGACAAACUGGCGGUGAAUCUGGAGUUGGAGGUGGAGCUGGAGAAAUGGAAGGAGGAGUUUGGGGUGGAACAGGGAUUGCAGAUACGCGAUUGGGUCGUUGAGGCCAUGGACGAUUAUACAUAUCUAAAGAGUCAACGCCUAAGGCUGUGA